UCAAGCUGCGUCAAGCUGCGUCAAGCAUCCGCCAUGGACCAGUUCUGCGCUUACGAGGCCACCUUCAUCACGGUGAAGCGGGUCUCGGCUCCCGUGCUGCGCGCGAAGAGCGCGGAGAGCUUUCGGCGCGUCCAAAGGGACGGGGUGCACGGCUAUGUGGCGGACUUGGAGUCACGGGCGUUGUGCCGCGACUUUCUGAAGGUUCCUUUGCCUCCCCGCGUUGAAGCCGAGGCUCCCUCCGCUGGGACCGUCGGCAGCUUGGGCCACCCGGAGUUCUGCCACAAGCCCUGCCUCUUCGCCCUCAGCCGCUGCCCCAACGGCGCCGCCUGCAACUUCUGCCACAAAGACCACGGCAAGCUCAGGAAGCUCAGCAAGCAGCAGCGGGAGCUCUUGAGGCAGCUGGGGGAGGCGGAGCGUCUGGCCCUCAUCUUGCCCCUCCUCAGGGCCAAGGAUCUUCCGGAGGCCGACGGCUUGCUGACUCGCCUGGAGACGCACUUGUACAGCCUCACCGCUACUCCCAGCGCAGCUCCCACGUGGAAGAUUUUGCAGCUCCGGCGGGCUCUGGGCCAGCUGUCAUUCCGGCGCUUGCUGCUGCUCUCAGUACCUCGCUUUGGUUCGAUGGAUGCCGCGAAGAAGAGAGAUGUCAAUGAAACCACGGCGUGGGCCUUGGGAGAGCUAUUGGAGCUGCAAGCGCAGGUGGGCGCAGCUUAGGACCCGCGGACACUUGUGGCGGCACGGAGCACGGAGACUGAAGGCCAGCUUGCUCGGAGAGCAGUUUGCUUUUUGAGACUUGCGUUGUCCUCUCGGGCACUGACAAACAGUGCCUGCAGUCCAUGGUUUGGGUCCUAGAGUAGUGGAA